AUGGUAAUUGGCUGUAAGCAGGAACAACAACAGUCGGCUCUUACUGGAGAAUCACUUCCUGUCACCAAGAGGACAGGUGAUGAAGUUUUUUCUGGUUCAACAUGUAAGCAAGGAGAGAUUGAAGCUGUAGUGAUAGCAACUGGAGUUCACUCUUUCUUUGGAAAAGCUGCACAUCUAGUUGAUUCCACUGAAAGUAUUGGUCAUUUCCAGAAGGUUCUUACUGCCAUUGGGAAUUUCUGCAUUUGUUCUAUAGUUGUGGGGAUGAUUCUAGAAAUCAUUGUCAUGUACCCCAUACAGCUCCGUUCAUACAGAGAUGGAAUCAACAACCUUCUUGUUCUAUUGAUUGGAGGAAUACCUAUAGCUAUGCCAACAGUAUUAUCUGUCACACUCGCAAUUGGUUCUCAUCGACUCUCUCAACAGGUACAGCUCCUAAUUGAGGCACCAUUGUUUGUCACACACAAAUAAUUAAUACAAACUCAAAAUAAUUCAUGUAAGAGCCAUAACAGAAGAAUCUUAAGCUCAAAUUUCAAUGCUAACUACAUAACAACUCUUUAUUCUUUUAAUUUUUUCCUUUUUUUCCU